AUGCUGUCUACGCUUUGUUGCCAGACACCUUGCGAAGUGGACGCCAGAAUGUUCCACUGCAUGCUUCCUGUGAGGAAACAACUUGACAUCGACUCUGAAUACGAUGACGACAACUUCUCCAGCGUCAUAGUCCCCGACCCUGGUCCCUCGACCUAUACGAAUCGCGAUUUCUGCGAACCAGGACCUUCCACACUUCCGCAGAAGCACAGAGGGCACGGCAAAGAGGGCAAAGGCAAGGAGAGAAAGGGCAAGGAGUCCAAAGGCAAAGAGUCUAAAGGCAAGCACCGCAAAGGUAAAGAGUCCAAAGGCAAGGAGUCCAAAGGCAAGGACAGCAAAGGCAAGGACAGCAAGCGCAGCAGACACAGUGUUAAGGAUGUUCCAAGACAAGAAGAAUCCCACCGAGUAGCGUUACAACGUAGCCAGGUACACCCAGCUACCGAGGCCCCAGGCAAAGGCAUUCAAGGCCCAGCCGACGGAACCUGCGCAUACCCUGACGGUUAUCUGGUGCGAUAUUAG